AUGUGGCUACUAGUAACGGAUCCGAAGACCGGUGCUGCUGAACAAGAAGAGCUUCGUUACUCGCUCAACGUGGUUCAUUGCACGCUCUGGAACGCAGAAGGGACGAACGAAGAGACGGCACUCAUACAGCCUGACCGACGAACAACGCGACGACUAAUGGGCCAGCUCGUAGCUUCUCCGUCUGUAGCAAAGGAUGAGCAUGACGCCGAGGGUUGCUUUUUCUGCUUUCCAGACCUCUCUUGCCGUACACAUGGCAAGUACCGACUCCGGUUCGUCCUCAUGCGCAUCGAUCCUAUGAACCUCCACGUGGGAGGGUUCUCGCCCAUACUCACCGAGGUCUUGAGCGAUGUCUUCACAGUCUACACAGCCAAAGACUUUCCGGGUAUGCGACCAAGCAGCGCGCUCACCCGGGCAUUGAAGUUACAAGGGUGCAAUAUCCAAGUGAAGAAGGGCAAUGAAAAGGCACUGGCACGCAAACGACUCACCGCGAGCCAAGAACACGACAAUACGGAAGAGGACGAGCUGAAGCGACGGCGCAGAGAAUGA